AUGGCUGUGGCUGGAACAGGUGAGGUUGUUCGCACUAAUGUUACUGGAAAAGCGCAUGAAUUGGAUAUUCGGCUGGAGAAACGAGAAAUCCGGUUACCUUCUACCUACAUUGGGCUGACGGGCCAGGCUCGUGUGUGUCUGGUCAAUGCCUCUGAGGUGUCUGUUAGUUUUCAGUGGACUCGUUUUUCUACUGAACAAGACGAGAUGAUCCAGCGUCAAUUGAUGUUAACUCAGCUCGUGAUGAUGACGGAAGAAGAGAAGGCAAAAAUACAUGAGAAAAAAGAGAGGGAAAAUAAUUCAUCCACCAGAAGUGAUAAAUAUUUGGAGGGCGAAUCUUUUAGGAAAACUGCUGAAAGUAACGAGAUGGAAAGGCAAGCAAUGUUACAGAACAAUGAGGCAAAGAUAUCGGGACUUGAAAUCAAUGGAAAUGAAAUGAGCUUACCUAUUUUAGCCAAAGGAAAGCUCAUCUUCGAGGACGACGUUUUCUCCAUUGAGCCAGUUUCUGGCAACUUGCCGGCGAAGUCCACCCUUGAAGUGCAGAUCACGUUCUCACCUAAUAGUGCUGAAGAUUUUGAGCGAUUUGCCUUUUGUAUUUUGGGUGGCCGUGAAGUUCGCUCCUCUCUUCGGAUGAUUGGCCGAGGUCUAGGACCAAAUGUCGACUUUUCUUUUCGCCGAUUACGCAUUGGAAAAGUAUUUUUGGGGGCCAGGCACAUCUAUGAACUGGUGCUGGCUAACCGAGGUUGUGUUGAUGCUCUUUUUAGGGUGACUCUAACCCGUCCAUUCUCAGUAUCUUCCUCGCUUUCCCCAAUAACAUUGGCUAAACUUCAACCAGCUUUGACAGAUUUGAGCUCUGAAACCAGGAUUAAUCAUUUUGAUAUAGAGGCCACUAAGGCGGACAUCACCGCUCAGGCCAGGUCAACAGAAGCAUUUGAGAAGUGUUUUCAGGUCAUUCCAGACGACGGGCUUAUUGGGCCUGCAUCUGUACAGGCAGUGCAAAUAUCAUUCUCUUCGGCCGAUAAACUGGGUAUCUUCGAGGUGCCCUUUUAUGUACUUUUUGAUGGCUGUCCAGAGCCAGAGAUAUUCACCAUCGAGUGA